AUGCCAGGUUGUCCUGAAGGCACAUUUGGAAUCAACUGUAAACAAAAUUGCAAUGAACACUGUAGUAUACCUUAUCGGUGUAACAGAGGGACAGGGGAAUGUGAGGGGGGAUGUCAACCAGGCUGGGAGGGACUUCGAUGUGAAUCAGCUUGCACAGAAAAUAAUUACGGUAAAAACUGCAGCUAUGCCUGUGGGUUUUGUCAGAAUUCUCCUUGCCAUCAUGUAAAUGGUUCCUGUCCAGGGGCGUGUGUGGAAGGAUAUCAAGGAGCAUUUUGCAUUGAGGUGUGCAAAAAAGGCUUUUAUGGAGAUAAUUGCAAAGAAGAGUGCAGUCCCUUUUGUAAGUCAUCACGUGACUGCCACCACGUGACAGGACAUUGUAAUGAAGGAUGUAUUGGUGGAUGGCAAGGACUUCAAUGUUUGCAAGUCGCAGACAAAAAAGAUGACGUGGAUUACCUGUCACGGUUCAAUGGUGUUCUUGUCGCUCUCUGCGUAUGUACAGCAAUAAUCAUGGGGAUGUUGGUCUACCUUAUUAUCAUAAGAGGAAGAAUCAAACAAAUGUAUAAAGCACAGAAAUUCAGAGAAGACUGUGACUGUAAGGCCAAGGAAGGCGGAUUGGACCUCUAUACCAUUUCUGGAAAACCAGAUGAAGAUGACAGCAGCAAAUAUCAAGACUUUGGUGAAAUGGCGCGGUCAUCAGAAUACGAAAACUUCUGAUGAAUCCAAUUUAUAGCGAUAAAAAGAUGAGCUAUGUUAUGUAUAGUUAUAUAUAGUGUCUUUUUAUGUUUAAAAAAUAUAUCAAAUUUAGAAUCU